UCGGUGACGUCACCCUGUCCCCCCCGCCCCUCGGUGCUGCCGGGCCGCGGCGGCACGGGCCGGCCAUGGACUGCGAUAUGGAUGUCGACCAGGAGCUCAUGCAGAAGUUUAGCUGCAUGGGCACGACGGACAAGGACGUGCUCAUCUCCGAGUUCCAGAAGCUGCUGGGCUUCCAGCUCAACCCCGCGGGCUGCGCCUUCUUCCUGGACAUGGCCAACUGGAAUCUCCAGGCAGCCAUUGGCGCUUAUUACGACUUUGAAACUCCCAACAUCGUGACGCCGUGCAUGUCGUUCAUCAAAGACGUCACGAUUGGCGAAGGGGAGUCCAUCCCUCCCAACACAAUUUUUACAAAGACGUGGAGAAUACAGAACUCAGGGACGGAGUGUUGGCCUGCUGGUGUCGUGCUCAAAUUUGUGAACGGGCACCAGUUUGGGCCGGUAAGCUGUGUGCCGGUACAGGCGCUGGAGCCGCAGCACAUGGCGGACGUGAGUGUGGACAUGACGAGCCCUGGCCCACCUGCCAUGUACCAAGGCCAGUGGAGGAUGUGCACUGCCAACGGGCUCUUCUUUGGAGAUGUCAUUUGGGUGAUCAUCUCCGUGGAAGUUGGAGGAGUUCUUGGAGUAACACAACAGCUGUCUACGUUUGGAGCGGAGCUUUCUGCUCAGCACUCAGCGGUACAGCCUGACUUUAACCCCUUUGCGUCACCACACAAAGAAGAACAGCCCCAAGAUAACCAAGAAAGCUGCCAUCAGAAUCUGUUCGGCAGACAAACCUUGAACAAUUCUGAAGCUGUGUUUUUCCAGAAUGCAUGGAGCCCUACUGGCAUCGAUUGUGACCAGGACAGCAAAUCAAAUGAACUUGUUCAAAAUACGCAAUUAAAAAUACAGAAAAUACACUUAGAAGAUGUAACCAAUUCAGCUGACUGUCACCCUCUGCACACUGCUCCCUGUAAUCUGAAUUGCUGCAAUGAACCGGAAGGUUUUGGCAAGUCGUAAGGGUGUGCUGGCGUUCCGUGUGCGGGACGUUUGUCAGCUGUUUAAACACAGCAGUGGCCCUACCCAGCUGCACCUCACACUUUACCGGUGGAUGAUUUGGCCGUUCGUUUUCUCAGACUGCUUUGCUUCGCUUUGACAGAACAAGAAUUGGUCUGAUUCACACGAGGAGAGCUGCAUAUAGCCAUGCUGUAGGUGAAAGCUGCUCCAGACUGUAAUUAUGUGUACAGAAAUCUAUCUUGAUUCUUUUCAGAUUUGAAUAAAGUUAUUCAAUUUUUUUGACAGCAGAUGUUUAUGGGUUGUUUAUUUUCUUCAGCUGUCAUAACCGCAUGCAUUAUAUCUGGGGUUGAUUGGAUUCUGCAACUGAUAAUUUUCAAUGCUUAGUUAUUUUUUUGUUCACAUUGCUGAUCCUUUUACAAAACCAUGACAUGCAGGUAGUAAGACAGGUUGAGUGUACAUCCACUAAACUGGUAUGGGUUGCUUUACAAAACAUGGUAAAUUUUAACAUGUUGGAUUUAAUUUUUCAAUUAUAAUAUGAAAAGCCUUAUUCAGGAUAUUUAACCUUGCAUCAUGACAUUAAUUUAAAAUGUAACAUCUAAUGCUCCUUGGAUGGUGAUGGGAAAUGUGUUAACUUAUUUAAUUGAGAUGCUCUGGAUCACAUUUUUGAAGGUUGCCCCCAUUUCGAAAUUUAACAUUGAGUGCCAUUUGUGAUCGAGAAAUUGGCAUUUUACAUUUCAUUGUGUAAGUAAACCAUGGCAUUAUAAUAGCCGUGUGUUUGGGUGGUGUGCUGAUGGUGGCUCAACCACCCAUCCAUGGUGUUGAAAAGCACCUUGUGAUAACCCGGUUGAUCGAGCAUCAAAUGCAUUUUAGCUACCACCAAUGAUGAGAGUUGGUUUCAAUGAAAUGUGGUACUACACAUGAUGUUAACUACACAGGUGGAGACAUUUGCCAGGUUUAAGAUGCAUAGCCCCCAGACCAUUUGGGUUUUCUACACUCAUGCCUCUACAAUGGGGACGGGGGGGGGGGAAUUGUCUCGACAUCUCAAAAUUAUGUCUUUGUCCUCCCCACACAUUUAUAAAUUAGAAUCUCUUACAAUAUGUCCAAUAUACCCUCUUCUAUCAUAUAGCCAUAGAACUGACCUAGUUAGUAAUGUCAUAUAAUGUAUUAAAGUUUAGUUAUUCAGUGUGUGUGGUGUGUUUGCAGACCCUAUAAUUGUGGAUUUUUAUUUGCCGCAGUGUUAACUGUUUAUGGUUUUAUACACUGGAAAGGGUGCAUACAAUCUUAUUUAUUUAUAUCAUAGGUCCAAUUUAACUUUUGUUGUGGAUUUAACAUGUUUAUCUUCAUAACCAUUACUUUUUCACGACAUUGGCAAUGUGUAACAUAUGCAUAUGACCUGUACAUCAAAUUAGCCAUGUAUUGGCCACUGUAGUCUUAAUUUUGUUAAAUAUUGUCCCGUUUCAUAUGCUCAACCUGCAGCUGGGUUUUCACCUGGUUACAUAUGCACUACAGUGAGAAGUAAAUAAAAUUUCAUCAACAUUGUUUAAUGUUAAAGUUUUGUUUAGUUAACAUAAUUCAGCUCAAUAAAAUACAAUGGCAUUACUAAAAAUCUGCCUGUUAAUAUAAUUUUAUAUAAAACCGAAUAAACUUGCAUUGACACUAUC